AUGAACGGCGGCAAAGAGGAUAGCAUGGAGCUGCCUCGAACCGGUUCAUCCUCGACCACCAGCGGUCCGACAAUCGCAGGAAGCCCCCCCGGGGCAUCUCAACACUCCAAAUCUGGCCCAAGUCCUGCAGACCGAGGGUUCUCCAGCAGCAGCAUCGAUGACGACCAGGGAAACGACGACGACGAUGCCUCCGAGAUGGAGAGACGGCACUCGGCCGUCCGGCGUAUCGCCAGCCGCAUGUCCCAGCAGUCCGCCGGCGACUUACACCACGACGUCCGCAGCCUCUUUGCCAACGACAACCCGGACUCAGUCCUCAACCCAGCCAGUGAGCACUUCAACGCCCGCUCCUGGGCCAAGGCCGUCGCCAAAAGGGCCAUUGAGGACGGCACGCGCCUCCGCCGCAGUGGAUUCUGCUUCCAGAACCUCAACGUCUUCGGCUACGGCGCCGAGACAGACUAUCAAAAAGACGUGGGCAACGUCUGGCUCUCGCUGCCCCAAAUGGCGCGCGGCCUCUUCGACAAGAAGGGCGGCCAGCGUCGCAUCGACAUUCUUCGCGACUUUGACGGCGUGGUGCGGAACGGUGAGAUGCUCGUCGUCCUCGGGCCCCCGGGCUCGGGCUGCUCCACGUUUCUCAAGUCCAUUGCCGGCGAGACCAAUGGCAUCUACCAGGACAGCUCGUCCUACCUCAACUACCAGGCCAUCUCCCCCGAAGAGAUGCACUCGCACCAUCGCGGCGAAGCCAUCUACACGGCCGAGGUUGACGUGCACUUUCCCAUGCUGAGCGUCGGUGACACGCUCACCUUUGCCUCCCGCGCAAGGUGCCCUCGCAACGUCCCCGAGGGCAUCACCCACAACGAGUACUGCGGCCACAUACGUGACGUGGUCAUGGCCAUGUACGGUAUCAGCCACACCGUCAACACGCGUGUCGGCAACGAGUACAUCCGCGGUGUCUCGGGCGGCGAGAGGAAGCGAGUGACCAUCGCCGAGGCCACGCUCUCCAGCGCCCCCUUGCAAUGCUGGGAUAACUCCACGCGUGGCCUCGACUCGGCCAACGCUAUUGAGUUUUGCAAAACGCUGCGCCUUCAGUCCGAGCUGUUCGGGCAGACCUGCGCCGUGUCCAUCUAUCAAGCUCCUCAAAGCGCCUAUGAGCUAUUUGACAAGGUUGCCGUCCUCUACGAAGGGCGUCAGAUCUUCUUCGGUCCUAUUGGCAAGGCCCAGGCCUACUUUGAGAAUCUGGGCUUCGAGUGCCCUGCCCGCCAGACGACACCCGACUUCCUGACGUCCAUGACCGCACCCUCGGAGCGUGUCGUCCGUCCGGGCUGGCAGGAUCGCGUGCCCCGGACCCCGGAUGAGUUUGCGACCUACUGGAAGAACAGCGCCGAGUACAAGGCGCUCCAGGUCGAGCUCGAGGAGUACAAGGCCGAGUAUGCCAUCGACAGCGAGGCGGCCCGCGAGUUCAGGGCGGUAAAGCAGGCCAACCAGGCCAAGAACCAGCGCCUCAAGUCGCCCUUCACCCUGUCGUACACGCAGCAAAUCAAGCUGUGUAUGUGGCGAGGCUUCAAGCGUCUGACGGGGGACCCGGGCCUGACCAUCUUCUCUCUGGUCGCCAACUCGUCCUUGGCCCUCAUCAUUUCCUCCCUCUUCUACAACCUGCCCGCCACCACCUCGUCCUUCUACAACCGCGCCGCCGUCUUGUUCGUCGCCAUCCUCGCCAACGCCUUCUCGAGUGCCCUCGAGAUCCUCACCCAGUACUCGCAGCGGCCCAUUGUCGAGAAGCACACGCGCUAUGGCUUCUACCACUCGUCCGCCGAGGCCUUUUCGUCCGUGCUGGUCGACAUGCCGUACAAGAUCGCCAACGCCGUCUUAUACAACCUCACCAUCUACUUCAUGACGCACCUCAGGCGUGAGCCGGGCGCCUUCUUCUUCUUCCUCCUCGUGUCGUUCCUCAUGACGCUGACUAUGUCGGGGGUCUUCCGAUCAAUUGCUUCCUUGUCACGCACCCUAUCCCAGGCCAUGGUACCCGCCGCCAUCCUCAUCCUCGCCCUCGUCGUUUUCACUGGAUUCGUCAUCCCUGUCGACUACAUGCUCGGGUGGUGCCGGUGGAUCAACUACCUUGAUCCAGUUGCGUACGGGUUCGAGGCCCUGAUGAUCAACGAAUUCCAUGGCCGCGACUUCACCUGUGACACUCUCGUGCCCCCGCCCGCCCUGUAUCCAGAUGUCGACCUCAACAACCGUGCUUGCACAACUGUCGGUUCCCGCCCGGGAGAGGCCCUCGUCUCGGGCGCCGCCUACAUCGAGACCCAAUACAACUACUUCGCCAGCCACAAGUGGCGCAACGUCGGUAUCCUCAUCGCCUUCUGCGUCGCUAUGCACAUCCUUUACUUUGUCGCCUCAGAGCUCAUCUCGGCCAAGAAGUCCAAGGGCGAGGUCCUUGUAUUCCGCCGCAACCACCUGCCCAAGAAUACCGCGCAAGGCAAAGGCGACGCUGAGUCUGCUUCGUCUGGUCCCAUCCCCGUCGUCGAUAAGACUGCACCUGUUAAUGUCGACGCCGGCAACAUCCAGGGAUCCACGAGCGUUUUCCACUGGAAUGAUGUGUGCUACGAUAUCAAGAUCAAGGGCGAACCCCGGCGUAUCCUCGACCAUGUGGAUGGAUGGGUCAAGCCUGGUACAUUAACAGCCCUCAUGGGUGUUUCCGGCGCCGGCAAAACGACUUUGCUCGACUGUCUCGCUGAUCGUGUCUCCAUGGGCGUGAUCACGGGCGAGAUGCUCGUGGACGGCAAGCUGCGCGACAGUUCCUUUCAGCGCAAAACAGGCUAUGUUCAGCAGCAAGAUCUCCACCUCGAGACAAGCACCGUUCGCGAGGCUCUUGAAUUCAGCGCCGUGUUACGCCAGCCAGCCUCGACGCCCAAGACCGAGAAGAUUGCCUACGUCGACGAGGUCAUCAAGUUACUUGACAUGCAGGACUAUGCUGACGCCGUCGUGGGCGUCCUCGGCGAGGGUCUCAACGUUGAACAGCGCAAGCGUCUGACCAUCGGCGUCGAGUUAGCCGCCAAGCCACCCCUAUUGCUCUUUGUCGACGAACCUACUUCCGGCCUUGACUCGCAGACAUCGUGGGCUAUCCUAGAUCUUCUCGAGAAGCUCUCCAAGGCUGGCCAGUCAAUUCUGUGUACCAUUCAUCAGCCGUCCGCCAUGUUGUUCCAGCGCUUUGAUCGCUUGUUGUUUCUUGCCAAGGGCGGCAGAACAGUCUAUUUCGGCGACAUUGGCGAGCAGUCGUCCACCAUGACCGAGUACUUUGAAAGGCAGGGUGCUCCCAAGUGCCCCAAGGGCGCCAACCCAGCCGAAUGGAUGCUCGAGGCCGUUGGUGCCGCCCCUGGCUCCCAGACGGAUAUUGAUUGGCACCAAGCCUGGCGUAACAGUCCCGAAUAUGCCGCCACCCAAGACGAGCUCCAGCAUCUCAAGAACCAGGCCGCGCCCAACGAAAAGGUCAGCGACGGCGCACACAGCAAGGAGCAGUACCGUGAGUUCGCUGCACCCCUGUGGGAUCAACUCCUCAUCGUCACAAAACGUGUCUUCCAGCAGUACUGGCGCACGCCGUCGUACAUUUACUCAAAGUUCACGCUGUGCACGGCGGUCGCCCUCUUCAUCGGUCUCGUGUUCCUUGACGCGCCCCUGAGCAUCCAAGGCCUGCAGAACCAAAUGUUCGCCUUUUUCAACGUCCUCACCAUCUUUGGCCAGCUUGUCCAGCAGCAGAUGCCUCACUUCGUCACCCAGCGCUCCCUUUAUGAGGUCCGCGAGAGGCCCUCCAAGGCGUAUAGUUGGAAGAUCUUUAUGCUCUCGCAGAUCAUCGUGGAGAUCCCCUGGAAUUCGCUCAUGUCCGUUUUCAUGUUCGUCUGCGUCUAUUAUCCCGUCGGUUUCAACAAGAAUGCCCAGCCCACGGGCGCGGAGACGGAGCGCGGCGCCCUCAUGUGGCUACUGUUCUGGCAAUUCCUCAUCUUCACUUGCACCUUUGCCCACGCCUGCAUCGCCAUCACCGAUACCGCCGAGGCGGGCGGCAACUUGGCCAACAUGCUGUUCAUGAUGUGUUUGCUCUUCUGCGGCGUGCUCGCCAACGAGCAGACCCUCCCUGGCUUUUGGAUCUUCAUGUACCGUCUGUCCCCAUUCACGUACCUCAUCUCGGCCAUCAUGUCCACCGGACUCGCCAACACAAGCGUGACGUGCAACACCAACGAGAUUGUCGAGAUCUUCCCGCCCAACGGCUUGUCGUGCUACGAGUACCUGUAUGAGGGCGGAUACGUCCCCACUUUGGGCGGCAACCUGCUCAACCCCAACGGCACUUCGUCGUGCGACUUUUGCCCGCUGGGCUCGACCAACGAAUUCCUCGCGCAGAUCUCGUCGAGCUACGAAAACCGGUGGCGGGACUUUGGCAUCGGUAUGGUGUACAUUAUGUUCAAUAUUGCAGCGUCGCUGGCGUUGUAUUGGCUGGUGCGUAUGCCCAAGGGCAAGAAGAACAAAAAGGAGAAGAAGGAGUGA